UAUUGUUUAUUUAGCAUUGAUUGUUUCUGCAUCUUGUCCCAUGGUAAAAAGUGGAAAGGUGGUUUUGUGUGUAUUUUAUUUCCCUUUCCUCCAGCUCCUUACAUGCUGAUCCUAGAGUCGGUGAGCAGUGGGACACUGCGCAGUUUCCUUCAAGUGAAUCAAGACCAACUGAGCAGGGACAGUCAACUGCAAAAUCUCUUCACCACAGCAGCAUAUCACAUUGCCCAUGCCAUGAGACACCUGUGCUCUAAAAUGGUGGUGCACUGUGACCUAGCCCUGAGGAACAUUAUGGUGAACCAUUUUCCCAAAGAGGUGAAGCUGGCAGAGUUUGGACUGGCCCAAGACCUGACUCACAAAAGGAGCCAUCGCAGCAGCUGCAAAGGGAACCACAUGCAAAGUGUGCCCCUGCGUUGGUAUCCCCCAGAGUACUUCAGAAACAACUACUACAGCUUCAAAGGGGAUGUCUGGGCAUUUGGCAUUGUGCUGUGGGAGAUGCAAACAUUUGGUAAGAUGGAAAGAGCACCUGAGAUGAACUGA